GUCGAGAGACCAUAGCCGUCCAAUCACUCUCGCAUAAACAUUGAAAAAUAACUCAAGAUGCCAAAAUAAGUUUCGAUAUUGUGUUAAUGUCUCAAUGUGAGAAUCGAAAUCCAAUUGAUGAUUAAAAAUAUUUUCUGUCGUCUUUUUAUUUUCUUAUUACUUUUUAUUACUUUUUGUAGUUAAUACUUAUUACUUGGUAAUAAGUAAUAACAGUUAUUAUCUUAUCAUUUAUUACUUUUAUUACUUUUGAAAUUUAUUUUAUUACCAAGUAAUAAGUAAUAACAAAAGCGUUAUUACUUAUUACUAGUAAUAGUAAUGUAGCAGCGCUAUUCAAAACUUGAAUGAAUCGACAUUAAACACGCCAUUUUUUUGGGCAAAAGACCAGUGAGAGGAGAAUGUAUCGUUGAAAUAUCUUUUUACUCAUUUUCUUAUUAUAUUUGAAUAAUUGUCGUUCUAUUUAUUUUCUUUAUUACUUUUAGAUCGUACUUUAGCUGAUAAAUUGAAUGAGAAAUAUGACAUUCAAGGUAUUCCUUCGUUAAUCAUCUUGAAACCAGAUGGGAGCAUUCUAACCGAAGAUGGUGAUCAAGAAUUAAGAAAAAAAGGCAAAGACGCUAUUCUCAAAUGGUCAAAAGGUCAAUCUAUCUAUUGGUCACGUGAAGCUAAAGAAGGUGAACAUACAUGGAAUUACAUUAGUUGUGAUAAUUGUGACAUGAAACCAAUCAUUGGUGUUCGUUAUGGUUGUAUGAAUGCACAUUGCAAUAAUUAUAAUUCAUGUCAACAAUGUAAAGAGAAAAAAUUUACAUGA